ACACACACACACACACACACACACACAAGGGCAGAGGUCCCUCCCCCAGCCAGGAGCGCGUUGAGUGUUUCACCUUCUUUUUGGUUGCAAGUGAAUCGCCAGCCGACUUGCAGUGACAACAAUGUUCGACCAUCUUUGAGGACUUUUGCAGUCCGGACUUGUCGCGCGCUCCAAAGUCGCUCCACCGAGCACCCGAAAGCAACAGGAGGAGCAGGAGCGGGAUCGCGAUCAGGACCAGAAGCGAGACCGGGAGCGGGAGGAGCGCUUUGAGGAUGUCUGGAGCCGAGGAUCGCCAAGAGGCGGACUGCGUGUGCUCCUUCGGCAUGAAGUCCACUUGGGACAUCAACGACCCCAAACUGCCUCAGGACGCGAAGCAGUUCGACCCGUUCCAGGAGUGGACGGACGGUUACGUGCGUUUCAUCUACAGCGCCGAGGACAAGAACGCGCAGCGCCACCUGUCGGGCUGGGCCAUGAGGAACACCAACAACCACAACUGUCAGAUCCUGAAAAAGUCCUGCCUGGGCGUGGUGGUGUGCUCCCGAGGCUGCGCGCUCGCCGACGGCUCCCGACUGCAGCUGCGGCCCGCCAUCUGCGACAAGGCGCGGCAGAAGCAGCAGAAGAAAGUUUGUCCCGGUUGCGGCGGCACUCUGGAGCUCCUCCCGUGUCGAGGGCACAGCGGCUACCCCGUCACCAACUUCUGGAGGGUGGACGGAAAAGCCAUCUUCUUCCAGGCCAAAGGGGUUCACGACCAUCCGAGACCGGAGUCCAAGUCCGAGACGGAGGCCAGGAGAAGUUCGGUCAAAAGACGAGUGAGCUCGCCGCCCUUCGCGCCAAAACGACGCCUCGUGGAAUCCCAGGCUCUCGGCCCCGCCCUGCUCUCCUGCGUCGAGCCCGCCGACCGGAUCUCCUUUCUCGAGCCGAGUUUCCCUCAGCAUUACCCCGCGUUCCAAAGUACGGAACCCUACUACAACCACCACAACGCGCUGGGAGAGCCUUCCGCCGCCGGCCUGCAGAAGACGGCCAGUCCCAGACUCUACGUGGGUCGAACCGGGUACGAGUUCCAAGGCUACCUGACCGCGCCUUCCUACCCGGUCACCUCGGAAUUCUGCGAUCCCAGGGUGGCUCCGGUCCUCGGUGGUCCGACGUCCUCGGCGUCCGCUCCUCUCUCGUCGUCGUCGUCGUCGUCGUCGUCGUCCUCCUUGGAUCCGAAAGCAGGCUGGAAGGAUCUCCUGAAGAGUUCCGGUCCCUACGGCGACAACCACCAUUACUACGGCCCGGACUAUCCUUGCCGCUACCCGGGGAACCCCCCGGCUUCUCCGGCCGCGCUGCAGACCAUCAUCACCACCACCACCAAAGUGUCGUAUCAGCCGUGUCCGAAGGGCGCCGCCUACCAGUCGUGCCCCAAAGCUCAGUCCGGGCUCCCCGGCUGCUCCGCCCCGCUGGACGAGCCGUCGUCGUCGUCGUACUCGGCCGAGGUGAAGGUGACGGAGGAGUCCGGCGGAGUCAUCAAGUCGCUUUCGUUUCAGCCCGAAGUGGUGCAGACCAAAACGGAGCGGGCGGACGCCUACGACUAUCGCUAUAGCUACGGCAACGCCUUCCGCUACGACGACUACUGACGCGUCGCCGACGCGCCGACGCGUUCCGCCCGUCGACGCUGGCGAAUGACAUCCGCGACGACGGGAAGCUCGGAAGAAAGCGCAUCUUCUUUUGGGCUCCAACCUUUGAACGGAAACGGAUUUCGAGAAAAACAUCGGCUGCCUUUCCCUUUGUGGCCACGACGCCCUCAUGAUUGCGGCAACUGGAAAAAAAAAAAACAACACCGAAACAGCGAGGUGGGGGGGGGGGAACCCCUCGUCAGUGGAGUUAGCAUGUGCAAGAAACCCGCACGACACGCCGGCCUGUUGCCAAGUUAGCACGUUGAAGGGACGCACCUGCGCGGCACGCUAGCCUGGACUUCCGCCGCGUGAGCGCGUUGCUUCCAGACUGGGCAUUUUUCAACAUUUCGUCUCGAGGACAAAAGCGCAGCGGUGACGUUUUCGUCUUCAGACUCAAUAGAAGCAGAUGCCAUGUUUUGCUCGGCUUGAUCCAUGACUUCCUUUCAUUUCCUGUGAGUGGCAAAACUGUCAAUCGCCAUGACAACCCUCACAUGUCCUUUGCCAUAUUUAUUCACCAUCAAAUGAUGUCAUCUUUGA